AUGAGCUCUGCCGACGCUGCUCCGCCUGCCAACAGAGACCGCACUCCUAAUUCAGUCGUGUUAUCAGAGCCACAGGCGGUACCGGGUGACGACGCAUCUAUUAGACUGGACGACUUCCAGGUCUUGCUAGGAACCGAUGGCAGAACAGCCAGAAGCAGCCCAACCCGAAGGAUAUGGUACCGCUGGGUCCCGCAGUGGAUGAAAUCAGACUAUCGCGAACCGCAAGAUGCCAUGGCCAUAUACCCAAAGAUCCUCAGGGAGGAGAAGUCAACAUUGCGACGGCUAUACACAUUUGAAAUACUUGUGUAUACAUGCCUGGCUCUUCAGCUAGUAAUUUCCUCAACUCUGGUCAUUAUUUCUGCAAUUAGUGGAGACCAUCAUAUUGUCGUCGCUGUCCUAGGCGCCAUUACUGCACUCAUCACUGGUGUGCUAUCCUUGAUCAAGGGUCAAGGGCAGCCUACGCGAUUAAUCAACUAUGCUCAUAGUCUCCAGAAAGUUCGAGAUGAUAUUGAAUUCUGUGAGAGUGGACUGAAAGCAGGAGUUAGGGAAGUGACCUACAAGCAGAUUAUAGCCUUCUGGAAUGAGUAUACCUCCGUGAGAGACAGCAAUACGGCAAACCGUCCGGAUGUAUGGGCUCCUCAGGAGAGGAAUACCAGGGCCACUUAA